AUGAAAAGCCGUUUAUUUCUAAUCUCUCAUUUUAAUUUUUUAUGUAUAAUAGCAAUAAAUAUUAACUUCUAUGGUAUUAACGAAUAUUACAACUCAAACAAAUACAAACCUAAAUUUGUUAGGUAUAAAGAAAUACAAUUAAUAAGAAAUUUAGCAGAAGUAUUCAAUUUUACAGAUAAGGAUAUAUUAAAUGAUGAGGGCCUUACAAUAAAAGAGGUACAAUUACUGUAUAAUAUGAAUGAAACAAAAGAUGAAGAUACAGCACUUAAAGAAUUCUUUGGUGAUCCGAGACUUUUAUUUGUAAAAUUGGUAGAUUUAAUAUUUUUAGGAAAUUUUAAUGAAAAAUUGAAACAAG